UAUGUAUGUGUACACACCCUCACCGAUUGUGUCAUAUCUAUGCAAAAUGUCUUUGUCAAAAGAAGCGUCAUGCAAGCGUACUGUCGUCCUAGUAGGCAGAACUGGUGCAGGAAAAUCGUCUUGUGGAAAUACUUUGGCUAACACAACGAACUCCUUUACAGAAAGCGACGGAUCUGUUAGUGAAACAAAGUGCGUGGAUGCUAAAACGUUCGUUCUCGAUUGGUCAGGCAAAGAGUACGAAGUGACCAUUGUUGACACGAUUGGAAUUGGUGACACCCAACUGUCGGCUGACGAAGUUCUGCUGCGUCUUGCAGAGGCAUGCAGCGAGUGCAGCGAUGGAAUCAACGCCGUCUUUUUUGUGACAGGAGGCCGCUUUACAGUAGAAGAGGCGGACGCGUGGGAUAUUAUGUGGCAAGUACUCUUUGGGAAGGAAGUUCUCGAGCACACCACUAUCGUAAGAACAAACUUUAGAAAGUUUCAAGACCACGACGCGGUCAAAGAGGACAGAUCAAAAUUAGAGGAGGAAGGAGGUCCAGCUGCAAGCAGAAUCUUGCCUCAUGUCAAGAACUUUCUGUACGUGGACAAUCCUCCUCUACAAUAUGGCGGCAAAGAACAUCGCAAGCAUUCGCGAGAAAUCUUACUCAAUCAUUUAAUUUUGAACUGUGACAAAUCAUUUGUACCGCCGGUGAUGAACGAAGUUAAGCAAAGAGUUACCAGGCACGUAGAGGCACACAGGAAGAUGAUCGAGGAGUACCAACAGUUGCAGUCUCAGCUAAAGGAAGCUCGAGAUGAAAUAGAACGAGCACGCAUCGAAAGCGAAUUGCAAGAGAACGAGCGGGAGAGGAAUAAAGAAAGAGGAGCAAUGACUCGAGAGAUGGAAGCCAUCGUCGAUCGACAAGCCAGACAACUCGGUGUAGCUGAGCAAUUCUUUGCCUCUGUGGGUAGGGUAUUGGACGAAGCACCAGAAAUCGCCACUGUGGUCGUGGCAGUGUUGAAGACUGUCAAGACGAGGUGUUGUGUAAUGUGAUACUCAAAAAUCUUCAAAGAAAGACUCUUUACUGUUUCACUGUUUCUGUGUUGCUUUAUAAUUUGUACAGCUUCUAUUACUUGUUCUAAUAAUUGUCAAUCUGCGCACGUAGUAGCACUGGUUACUGUAUUCUUCUAUAGACAUGGAACAGUCAAAAAGUUGUUAGUACUGGGUCGUCAGUCUAUGACCCACAGCACUUUCAUAUAAUCAAUAUCAACAGCAAUCAAAAAUUUUGAAAUAUGGAAUAUAGAUAGCACCAUGCAGUCCAGCCUUUCCCCACAUUUAUUUGAGUGGUCUAAAACAGCAAUAUGGGGUCUAGCUGCUAUCCUUGUUUGUAUAUAUGUCUCUUGGUUCCUUUCUGUGAUGCAGUCCUAACGUGAUGCAGUCCCAACAGUCCUUCCAUGCUAACCGCCUUUGUUAUUACUAUCGUACCUUCGGCGAAGCGGCACAACAAUGCAAGCAACCAUGCAAUUGGUCAGGAAACGACAAGGCCGAUUACUAGUGGCCGCAGCAACCGGUCCUAAUCACAGCCUACUUUUCCUAUGCGAAUCAAUCUCUAAGAGACAGUUCCUCAUCGACACUGGAGCAGAAGUCAGUGUUCUUCCCGCUACUGGAUGGGACUACCGCUGCUGGCAAUCAACGGUAGCACAAUCAGCACGUACGGCACGUGCAAA